UCUCCCAAACGUCAAAGUCAUUUGUCAACAAUCUGGUGAUGUGUUUAAAAUUUCGUUCCGUGUUGUAAAUUAUUGUAAAUAGUGCUUUUAUCAUUUAAGUGUUACUACAUAAAGUUGUUAAGCAAUGGCCGAAAGCAGAAUCACAGUGGACGAACGGCUAAUUGUCCGCUUUAAUCAGGAGCUUGGGGCGGAUCUCAAAAACAUCCACAAAUGUGGCGAUUUGGUCAAGUAUUACCGGUCCGAGUUGGAGGAUUUGCGGGAUAAGAUUACAGUUACCGAUGCUGGAUGCAUUCCAAGCGUGAAGAGCAUGAUAGAAACGGGUCGCAGCAAACUGAACGAGCUGGACGAAAAGGAGACCAAUUUGGAUGAGUGUGAGGAGAAAAUAAGUGGACGAAUCGAAAUCUACCGUCGGCUUAUGAAGCAGGUGGGUGAUAAGAUGCAGGAAAUCCGGGUGCUCCAAACCGUGCGCGACUAUAUGGCGUUGGUUAAGGACAUCGAAAACAUUAGCCAGGAGCUGGAGGCGUCCAUCAACGGAAGGGAUGACAGUAAACCGAUAGCUCUGUACGUGGCACUCACCGGUCCGAACAGUAUACUCGAUCGGAUCAGUGGCAUUGAGGCGCCGCAUCUAAAAAUGUACGCCCGCAACACGGCAUUCCACUGGCACGAUGUGCUGACGGCGAAAUAUUCGGCCGAAUUCGAAACCUUGCUAAAGGUGAUCAAAUGGCCGAAUCUGAACCAAACGCUGGAUCAGUUUAAUCCCUCCAAAGAUCACGUGAACAAGCUUGUGCUGUUGGCGGAACAUCUGUUCCUGGUGAAGCUGCCCGGUGAUCAGGAUCUGCUGAACGUCCGACUAACGCCGUGCAUUAUCUGUCCGCACUACACGACACCGGUGGAGCUGUUUGUGAAACCCUUUCGAUUGCGCUUUCAGUUUCAUUUUACGGGAAACAAGCAAACGAAUCGGUUGGAUCGACCGGAGUGGUACUUGACGCAGGUGCUGAUGUGGGCCAAGGAAAAUCACAUCUUUGUGGGUCAACAUUUUCAAUCGCCUGCCCUGAGAGCCGGCAUAGCGAACAGUAGUGUGCGGUUGGAAUUCGUGCGUGGAUUGGUGCAGCUGGCCAUAGAAAAACUGAUCGUAGACAUCGAACAGAUCGUGCAGGACGAGGCACUGUUUGCACACCUCAUCGACGAGGUAUUACCAUUCGAACAGGAUCUAAAAUCAUCGCUCGGGUAUCCGAACAGUUACCCUAGUGUGGUGUCGGUGCUGGUGCAACCGCUUUAUUUUCUUAAAUGGAUGGCUAUCGAGAAGAAAUUCACAACGGAUAAGAUGGAUGCAAUGCUAAACACGGAAGAUCCGUUCGAACUACUCGAUCCGGCUAACUUGGAUGAGUUGAAAAUUCCGAAGUGUGCUGAUCAGUUUAUACGAUUGCUGGACGCCAUCAAAGAGCGAUACUGCUGCCUUCCGCAGCCUAGUCAGCAGCUACAGUUCCUCGAGCUACAGCUCGAACUGAUCGACAAUUUUCGGUGUCGCCUACUGCAGCUGUACAACGACGGUGUGAAUCCGACCAAAAUCCUGAACGCACUCAACUAUCUGACCUCCGUUCUGCGCGAGUGGGGCGAGAACGUACACUACCUACAUCUGCAUGCCGCUCUGUACGGUCCCGAUGCGGAUGAAAUCAGUUCAGUGUUUGAUCGUACGAUCGAAGAGCUAAACUACUGCCACCAGAAGCUGGUGGAGGAGCUGGUCACGUGGAUUGUACAUGAGAUCACAGCGAGAUCGCGCCCAUAUCGGUACGACCUGUGGCCCUCGAUGAAUCUGCACGACGCGAAAGAAACGCUGAUGGUGUCGGCAUCGGCAAGCGAAAUGUUUCAAACCACCAUCAACCAUCUGCACGACAUGGAGCAGGAACUGUCGACGAACGUGUUCAUGAUCGUGGUGCGUAUGAUCGCAACCGAGCUGGACCAAUGGAUGAUCUCCAGCAUGGUGAUGAACACAAAGUUUUCCAGCGGCGGCACACAACAGUUCCAUUUCGAUAUGACGCGCAAUCUGUUCGGGCUAUUUAGUCAGUAUGCGAAGAAAACGAAUUUAUUGUUUAAACGGAUUAACGAUACCUGCACACUGCUUACGUUGCCGCUUGGUUCUGCCAUGUUGCUGAGGGAAACACUACUGUCGGAAACUACCAAUGAAGAAGGAUGGACACGUGCCCUUCAGGAGGUGGGCUUAGUAGUGUUCGAUAAAACCAUUACGCUUGCAGUGCUCGAUCGACGAAACGAUAUGCCACGGAUUGGCUAAUGUGAUCACAAACAGAAUAAAUACGAACUAACUCCUUAAAGGGUUAAGGGUUAACAUAGA